UAACGGAAAUUCAAUUUUUUGUGUGUGGCUAAAUGUAAAUCUAAACCUCCCAUUACAAAAUAGUUUUUCAGGUCGCGGUAUGGUGUCACUAUUAAGUUUCAAUAAUCAAGUGUGUACUUUUUAUUUCUUGUAUUCAGUGUUUUCCACGAACGUCGGCGAUGGACGAAUGUCUAAGGAAAGCAAGGAAUGGAAGAAGAAGAAAAAUCUCAGGUUAUGUUGUGUUUAAUGUAUGAACUACCAUGGUCGUGUUUACAUGUAAUAAUUGUGGGGAAACUCUCCACAAGCCAAAAGUUGAGAAGCACUACACCUUCGUAUGCAGAACAAGGAAAUCCCUAACAUGCGUAGAUUGCUUAAAAGACUUUGUAGGGGAAGAGUUCCUUUCACACACCAAAUGUAUUACUGAGGAAGAGCGUUACGCAGCGAAAGGUACUUACAAGAACGGUAUUGUUAAGAAAGGUGAAGCAAAGCAAGAAUCCUGGGUGGAUAUGAUUCGAUCAAUUUGUGAGAGGGAACCCAACCUGUCCCCUGCGGUUAAAAGUAUAUUUAAUACUUUGUCAAAUUACAGCAACGUUCCCAGGAAGAAAAAUAAAUUUGUGAAUUUUAUGCAAAAUUCAUCGGGGAAACGAAUUAGUAUAGUGGAUAUUGGAACAGUGUGGAAUAUAAUAGAGAAAUACAAUACAAAAAAUGUUUCUAAUGAAAAACUUGGAGAGCAAAAUGGCCAACCAUGUGAAACAAAGAAAAGAGCAGCCCAAGAAAUCGAUAAUCCUUCAAAAAAGAAGAAAAUUGAAGUUGAGCAGUCACAAAAUGAUUUUGAAAAAUUGGAUGAGGAAAUUGCGGUGGAAAAAUUCAGCUUCAAACAAACCAUCUUGGACCUACUCAAUGCAAAAGGCACCAUGUCUCAAAAAAAACUGGAAAAAAAGGUUCUGAAGGUUUAUAUCAAGGAAAUGGGGGAAGUCCGGGCAAAAGAAAAUAUUGUGAAAAAAAUUUCCAAAAAAUUGAAAAAAAUUCCUAAUCUAUAUAUUGAAGAUGAUAUUGUAACUUUACAAAGUAGCUGA